CCCCCCCCCCCAGCCUUAUACCGAUCAGACCAACUCCCGCCGACGACGACGCCGGCCGAACCGCAUCCUCCGGAAUCUCGACCACGACAUCCACAAACCCAUACACACCCGCUUUUCGAGCAGCCGUAACCUUUUUGCAACCUGCGUAAGAAAUAGAUACUACGCAGCGCACCGAGUGCCCCAACAAACCGUCCCGCGACGGUAGCCGACUUAGCUAUCCUACCUACGCAUCCCAUUAGACAACCAACACACGCAAUCAUGGAGGAGGAGCGCCUCUGGAAGUUCCGCAAGCCGGAAUGGCUGAACAGCGUCUGGGCACGUAACUUUGGCGUCUACGGCGCCGGAGCUUUGUUCUCCAUCGCAUUUUACGUCAUGCUCGACUCGGCCGUCUGGUCCAAGUCGGCCAAGAACGGCUCCGACACGCACAUCAACUUCGUCGACUGGCUGCCCCUUAUCUUCUCGUCGUUGGGCAUGCUCAUCAUCAACUCGGUCGAAAAGGCGCGCCUCUCGGCGGACAGCUUCUCAUACAGCGGCAACGGUGUGGCGUGGAAGGCGCGCGUCGUGCUGUUCCUCGGCUUUGCAGCACUCGCGGGCGGCAUGGCGGGCGGCGUCACCGUCUUCGUGCUCAAGUUCGUCGUCCGAGACGUCGAGAUGCCGGCGCUUGGGAUGGGCAUUGAGAACGUCGUGGCCAACGCGCUGGUCGGGCUGAGCAGCGUCGUGCUCUGGGUCAGCCAGAACAUGGAGGACGAGUACAGCUACAACCUCGCUCUGUAAAGGGGUCCGUUUGUGGCUUGUAGGAAGUUCGGUCCACGUGGAGAAACCGGAGACGCAUCAGGACUUAGGGCGAUGACAGGAUGGUUUUGAAGGUGGAGAUGGUGGAGAGACCGAAGGAUUCGGGUCGACAAGCGGCGGAUGUGUAAACCACAAGACUAGGACUCCGAGGCGUAUGGGUUUGACGUUGGCGGCAUGGUAAUAGUCUACAGUUCUCAUGUGAGCCUUCUUUUGGAAUAUUCUGCCUGUUUCUUUGUUUCCCUUUUACCUUGAUGCUCUGCUACAAGCCAACGGCUUCUGCCUCUCCCAGAAACGGCACUGCCAUCUGCAGCAAAGUCGUCAUUUAGACGAGCUCCAACAACAGGAUCGAUCUUGCCGUGAGCUCGGUGCGUCAAUGGCAAGGAACUCUCGGUAU